AUGAUUGACGGUACCAAAGGAGAAAAACCUGCUGUGGGAGGCAAUUCCAUCCAUGGCCCUAAUCUUCAGACUCCUAGGGCAUUCCAGCAAGAGAAGAUUGCAAUCGUUGGUUUUGCUUGUAGACUUCCUGACAAUUGUUCCUCACCCCGAGCACUAUGGGAGUUCCUGCAGGAGGGAAGAGUUGCGAAUAAAAAGCCACCUGCUUCCCGAUUCACUCUCGAUGCUCACUACGACGGCCGGAAGAGGCCCCAGACAUUGGUCUCACCUGGCGGAAUGUUUUUGCAGGAUGUUGACCCACGGGACAUUGAUGCCCAAUUCUUCAAAUUAACCCCAAUCGAGGCAACCGCUAUGGAUCCCCAGCAACGGCAGCUUCUUGAAGUGGUAUAUGAAGGUCUUGAGAACUCAGGAAUCUCCCUGGAAAGCAUAUCUGGCAAGAAGGUUGGAUGCUUUGUUGGGGCAUUUGCCUCUGACUAUACAGACAUGCAAAACCGGGAUCCCGAGGAUCGUGUAGAGACAAUGUACGCGGGAACGGGUCGGUCAAUGAUCAGUAAUAGGAUCAGCCAUUUUUUGAACAUCAAGGGCCCAAGUAUGUCUAUUGAUACAGCAUGCUCAAGCACUUUAUACGGCGUGGAUGUUGCAUGCAAAUAUCUUCAUACUGGGGAAAUUGACGGGGCUAUUGUUGGUGGCUGCAAUUUAUUUAUGAACCCUGACCCUCUGAUAGACCGUCGAUACGGCACGGGGGAUAUCCACUUAACUCGCACAGGCGCAUGCUUCACUUUUGAUGCCCGGGCAGAUGGCUAUAUGAAGGCUGAAGCAAUAAAUAUGGUAUAUUUGAAACGGCUAGAAGACGCAAUAAAGGAUGGGAACCCUAUUCGAGGAGUGAUACGCGGGUCCGCAAUGAGUAGUGACGGAUGGACUGCAGGGAUAAUGAGCCCUGACCCAGACGCACAGGCUGAUACAAUCCGACAGGCAUAUGCAAAUGCAGGUAUCUCCGAUAUCUCCGAGACAAGUUAUGUUGAGUUCCAUGGAACCGGCACUAAGGUGGGGGACCUGAUUGAGGUUAAGGGUGUUGCUUCAGUAUUCAAGCAUGGCACCAUGAAGAGGCCAUUGAGAAUCGGAUCAGUGAAAAGUAAUAUCGGGCACUCUGAGCCAGCAGCAGGUAUUUCAGGUCUGCUCAAAACUGUCCUGUCAUUAGAGCAUGGCAAAAUUCCUGGGAACCCUACUUUCAAAAACCCAAAUCCAAGGAUUAACUUUGCCGAGUUGGGCCUACAGCCUUCUAAUAUUACCACUGAUUGGCCCAUAGUCCCUAUUCGCAGGGCUAGUGUUAAUUCAUUUGGCUAUGGUGGCUCUAAUGCGCAUGUCAUUAUUGAAGAAGCCAAGGAAUUAGGGCAACAUAUCUCUUCAUAUCUUACAGAGCACGACGACCCAUUUGCAGAUGCAGAAGUGCUAAGCCGACCUUAUCUUCUUCCACUCUCUGCUAAUGAUGAGAAGUCCCUCCAGGCUUAUCUCUCAUUACUAGAUAGGCAUCUUUUAAACCCCCAGGUGCGCAUUUCACUUCGGGAUCUUGCAUAUACCCUGUCAGAAAGAAGAACGAGGCACUAUUCUCGGGGAUUUCUCAUUGCCUCAAGUUGCAAACUUGAUGUGCACAGUCUUUUGACUAGUCAUGCGCUGCCAGAUGUACCAAAAUUAGGAUUUAUCUUUACAGGGCAAGGCUCACAAUGGGUGGCAAUGGGGAAGGACCUGAUUGGGACCUUCCCCAUUGCUGAAGAACGUGUGAGGUAUUUGGAUAAAGUCCUAAAAUCUAUUCAAGAUCCACCUACAUGGAGCUUGCUUGUUCCUGAAAUAUCCCAGCCCCUUGUAACUGCAAUCCAACUGGCCAUUCUGGCGGUAUUGGAUGCUUGCAGUGUAUCUCCCGGCGUGGUUGUUGGUCACUCUUCAGGGGAGAUUGCAGCAGCAGUAGCGGCAGGACAGCUAAGCUCCUCUCAAGCAAUUAAGAUUGCAUUCUAUCGGGGCAAGGUUGCGUCAUCUAUUCAAUAUCUCGAGCCAGUAGGUAUGCUUGCAGUUGGAGUUCCUGUUGAGGCAUUAAAGCCAUACCUUGAAGGUACUUCUGUUGAGAUUGCCUGCUUCAACAGUCCAGUGAGCUUAACCCUCUCUGGGACUCGCUCUGAGCUAUCUCAAAUUGAAUCUGCUAUCAAGGCAAACGGACUAUUUGCUCGGAUGCUUCAGGUUAACGCGGCAUAUCACUCAAAAUACAUGGUUGGAAUUGCGGAAGAAUACCAGUUGCUCCUGGAGAAAAAUGUGGACUGGUCAGGAGCUGGUGCAGGUGAUAUCCCGAUGGCCUCCUCUACCACAGGAAAAUUUGAAUCAUGGCUAGGCCCAAGUUACUGGGUAAAGAAUAUGCUCUCUCCUGUUCUUUUCAACCAGGCGGUGCAGAAUGCGAUCUCUCAGCUCGCCGGAAUAGAUCUGCUCGUGGAGAUUGGACCAAGCAACACACUAGAAGGACCAGUCAAACAAAUUAACAAAUCUCUCCACGCUCCAGUUAAGUAUUGCUCAACCUGGAAGCGUGGGCCUGAUGCGCUGAAAACUAUGCUAGAGCUAGCAGGAACCCUUUUCAACAUGGGCUACCCUAUUCAAGUAGAUCAAAUUAACAGGGACGGUGUACCCGAUAAGCCAAAAGUCAUUAUAGACCUGCCAAAUUAUGCCUGGAAUCACUCCACUAAAUACUGGUAUGAGAGCGAAGCAAGCAAAGAGUGGCGAUUUCGUCCAUUCAUGCAUCAUGAGCUUUUAGGAAGUAAAGUCUUGGGCGUCCCAUGGGCUCAACCAGUUUGGAAGCAACAUCUCCGCCUGGACGAUGUUCCGUGGCUUCGGGAUCAUAAGGUAAGUACCUGGAUUGCGUUGGACGAUGUUAUUCUUCCUGCCGCAGGUUACAUCGCGAUGGCGAUUGAAGCCAUAUUCCAACAGGCAAGAGUGACAGGCAGCCUAGAUGUGGCGAUUGAAAGAAAUCAAGUGACAUACCAGCUCCGCAAUGUGAUGAUCAAGCAUCCAUUAAUGCUGGAAGAUGGUAGUGUGGAUAAUAAAAUAUUUCUCUUCUUGACUGGUUCUCUUGAGAGUAAUCAAUCGUGGCGCAACUUUAGAAUCUUAUCGAGCAAAGACAAUGUCAUGACAAAUCAUUGUGAAGGCCAGAUACGCAUCACUGAGCUACCAAGACAGGUUGGAACAGAAACGGAGCUACGGCCACUCCAGCACCCUGAGCCAGCGAUGGUCUGGUAUGAUAUAGCGCGGCGGAGUUCUCUAGAAUUUGGGCCUAUGUUCCAGGUCUUAACUAAACUAGAGUGGAGUCCCAAUUCUCUUGAUGGAAGGACAUUGAUGUCCUUCAAAGAGCCGGAUCCCAACAAUCCCUCAACAUGGUAUGCGCUGCAUCCCACCUGGAUUGAUGCUGGCGUUCAGGCAACCAACAUGAAGUUUACGGACCCGAAGGUCAAUCCACGCCAGAAUAGUUGCCCCCCCGCAGCAAUUGAUGAUGUGAUAAUAUACUCGCAGACGUCAAGGCCCCUGGAGGCUUUGUCGGUGUCUAGUCUCACGUUUACCCAGGUGGGGCGGUCGGACGAUCCUAAAAGCUACAAGGCGACCUCGUCCGUGUAUAACAGAGAGAACGGCGAACUGCUUUUGGGUAUAAAUGGUAUGCAGCUUAGCGAGCUCGAGACUAGGGAUACAGAUCAUCUUGACCAUAAAUAUACUCAGCUGGCGUGGCAGCCUGAUAUCUCUCUAAUGUCAAACUCCAGCUUCGCUCAAUUCGCGCUUGCCUCACCAAGUUCAGAGCCGGACAAUACCCCCACGUCAGCCUUCGCUCAAGCUACAAAGCUGAUCGAUUUAGCUACUCAUAAAGAUCCAUCGUUGAAGUUGUUGGAAGUUACUUGUUUCGACGAUUCAUUGAGCACAUGGAUGACUUACGGUCGUGUACAAGUGCCCGAUGUUGUGGCCCGCUGUGACUAUCACCUUUCCCUUCCAUCAGAUGCUGCUUUGGUCAAAGCCCAGUUAGAAUCUGAAGAAGAGGAGCAUUUGAACCUUUAUGUUCAUGGCAAAGAAAGACCGUUUACCAAUUUUGGGGGUGGUAUUAGCCAUGCCUUCAAAGUAAUCAUCAUCACUGAUACGAAGGGCUUCAGGAUCGGAUAUAUUGGAUCAGUUGGCAAGCCAGAGCAAACGGAUGCCAAACCACCUCCUACUGUUCAUCUUAUUCAUUUUAGGCCCCAGGAUGACACCAAGACGAAGAUAAGAGACUUCCUUGAGAAGAAUGGGUGGCGCCUAUCAGAGCAUACACUGCCGUGCGAUAGUGCAAUUCCAGAGAAAGCUUUGAUUCUCGUCUUGGAUGAGAUUAUCUCACCUUUGUUAACUGAUAUUGAUGAGACACAGUUACAAGCCCUUCAAAAUCUAAUGAAACGUCAAUGUCGCAUUCUUUGGGUUACUUCAGGUGCACAGAUGGAAGUGUCGAAUCCGCAUGGCAGCUUAUUUUUCGGACUAGUGCGGUGUCUUCGUUCAGAGCAUCCAACCAGUAGGAUUAUGGCACUGGAUAUCAGGUCACAGUCAACGCUAGAAAGCUUGUCCGCAGUCCAUAUCAUCCUCAAACGGCUGUGUGGUCAAGACACAAGGGAACAAGAUGAUGAAGAUGAAUUUGUGGAAAGAGACGGAAUACUACAUAUCAGCAGAGUAGUCCCUGAUCAUACUAUCAAUCAGCUAGCAAAACUAAAGGCUGAAGGACCUGAACUCGAACGGAAACAGUUCGAUGACAAUUCAUCUAUCAUACGACUAAUCAGUAACAGAACCUGGGCAUUCAGUGGACUUCAAUAUUCGAUGAACCCGGAAGAGCCAGCCCUUGAGGAUGAGUGUGUGCAGAUAGAAGUCCAUGCGGCCGCCCUAAACUUCAAGGAUGUGGCGGUUUCCCUGGGGCUUGUUCCAGGUGAUACGGAGAAAUUUGGCUUGGAAUGUGCGGGUAUCAUUGUAAAAACUGGCAAGUCAGCGACUUCAUUCUCUGUCGGUGACAGAGUCGUCGCUGGUGUGAGAAAUGGUGGAUGCUUUGCAAAUAGAGUCAAUAUUCGUUCUUCUCUCGUCCAAAGGUUGCCCGAUAGUGUAACAUUUGAGGAAGCCUCAACCAUGCCAGUCUGCUUUUCAACUGCUUUGUACGCUCUGGUCGACGUGGCAGCGAUCAAGGAGGGACAAUCCGUUUUGAUUCAUUCGGCAGCCGGUGGCGUCGGCCUCGCCGCUAUACAGAUAUGCAAAUAUCUUAAAGCCGAGAUUUUUGUCACCGUUGGUACACUUGAGAAACGACAUUUCCUGAAGGAGGAAUGGGAUAUCCCAGAAGACCAUAUGUUCUCUUCUCACUCUGCCACAUUCUCCACAGAGCUCUUGAAAAAAACAAAAGGCCGUGGGGUAGAUGUCAUCCUUAACUCCCUCACAGGUGACUUACUUCAUGAAUCCUGGCGCUGUAUUGCUGGUGGCGGUACAUUCGUUGAAAUCGGCAAGAAAGACAUCUUAGACAGAAACACAUUGUCACUAGAACCUUUCAACCGGAAUGUAACGUUUCGUGCGCUUGACCUAUCUGCCCCUUCUUUCAAAGAGAGCGACAACUCAAGACUUCUGCGCCAGACAGUUGAGUUGCUCACUGAUGGUCAUAUAAAGCCGAUUCGUAUUGACAAGAUAUUUUCCUUUGCGCAAAUUGCCGAUGCCUUUCGAUAUAUGCGUGGUGGAAAACAUAUUGGCAAGGUUGUCAUCUCCGAUCAGGACCGGAGCAAUAUAAAAGUCAUGGUACAAGCUCCGCUCCCUAUUCUGCGUCUAAGACAAGAUGUCAGCUACCUGAUCGUUGGAGGUCUAAAGGGCCUUUGCGGCAGCCUCGCCCUCUAUCUUGUACAGAAUGGAGCUAAGAACCUUGUUAUCCUCGCCCGAGGUGGUUAUGACGAUGAGAAGUCCCAGUUGAUUAUUCACAAUCUCACUGGAAUGGGUGCACAUCUCGAUCUUUUACGCGGCGAUGUGGCUAAUUUGGAAGAUGUGCGCCGUGUCUUCCGUAGCAGCUCAUAUCCCAUCGGGGGUAUUAUUCAAGGGGCAAUGGCUUUACGAGACAAGGCAUUUAUCUCAAUGACUGCAGAAGACUUUCACGUACCUCUCAAAUGCAAAGUCCAAGGUAGCUGGAACUUACACAAUUGCGCCCUUGAACAAGAAUCCCCGCUAGAGUUCUUUACUCUGCUCUCCAGUAUCAGCUGCAUUUUUGGUGGACAUGGACAAGGUACCUACAGCGCAGGCAACAUGUUCCUCGAUAGCCUCGCUGCAUACCGAAAAUCCCUUGGUCUCCCCGCAUGCUCGGUCAAUUUGGGCGUAAUUGAGGGUAUUGGAUAUUUCAAUCGAGACCGUACGCUCCUCCAGCGACAUAAAUCUCGGGGAUUAAGCACUCUCGAUGAAGUCUUGCUUCGAAAGACGCUUGCUUGGUCUAUCAUACAGCAAACAAGUCAAAUUGGGAAACAUCUAAUGCAGAAGUCGCAACUAAUUACUGGUGUCAGUGUUCCCAUGGAACUUGACUCUUCAGUAAUGAUGGGACCCCGCUUCAGUACCUUAAAACCUGGCCCUCGGGCUAACCGUGCAGGUGAAGCGACGUGUACAGGCUCUAAUAAUGAUGCCGACUUGGUCCUUCUAAAGAGGGCACGCAACAUCCAACAGAAGAACGUGCAUUCUUUACUUUUCCCAGCCACUGUAAAUGUUGUUAAUAAAGUGUUAAUGAAAAGUCUGGGAAUGACCACACCACUGGAUGAGGCUCGGCCAUUGACUAGCUAUGGAGUUGACUCACUGGCGUCGGUUGAGCUGAGGAACUGGCUGCGAACCGAAUUGAGUGUUGAACUAGGAGCUCUCGAUGUGACCGGAGCCAAGACUAUGGCAGCGUUAUGUGAGACUAUUUUGAAGCACUUGCUUAACUAG